AUGGAAACUACUGUGGAAAACUCAUCCCAAGCUUUUGGUGCGAACACGUUUGGAGGAAAUAGACCAUACCAGAAUUAUCAUGAUUCAUCCUCCAAUAGGUAUCAACAAAACAUGCAACCUUAUGUUCCACCUCAACAAAGGCAGCAAUCUCAACCCGAAAUAUCACUGCAAGAUUUCAUGAAAACNAUGCUUGAGCAAAAUUCAAAAAUCAAGAAAUCAAUUGCAAAGUUGACUCAGAGGGUUGAUAAGUUAGAGACUAAAGAAUCAAACAAACUGCCUGCACAAAUAGUGAUCAACCCGAGGAAUGUAAAUGCUAUAACUUUGAGAACGGGUGAGCAAGUAGAAAGCCCUGAAGGAGUCCAAAAAAAUGAAGAUAAGGAAGAAGAAGAAGCACAAAUUGAUGACAAUGGAGGACCAAAUGAACCACUACCUGAGACUACCACUAAAAAAUCCAGGUUAGUACCUCCUAACUCUUCUUCUAAAAAUUCUUCUUCAUCUUAUUCUCCACCUCCUCCAUAUCCCAAUCGGUUGAAGCUGAGAAACAAAAAAAUGGAAGAAUUAGACCUAGAGAUCUUGAAUAUUUUCAAAAAGGUGGAGAUCAACAUUCCCUUGCUUAAUGUUGUUAAACAAAUCCCUAAAUACGCCAAGUUUUUAAAAGAACAUUGCACAAAUAAAAGGCGCAUUGGGGAUAACAAGGUUGUGAAUUUGGGAAGAAAUGUGUCAAGCUUGGUAAAGAAGCAUAUUGAAAUACCACAAAAAUGCAAAGAUCCAGGUAUGUUCUCUAUUGCUUAUCUUAUUGGAAAUUCAAAGUUUGACAAUGCUAUGCUAGAUUUAGGAGCUUCCAUUAAUGUAAUGCCUUUAUUAGUUUUUACUUCUCUAUCUCUGGGACCUCUUAAGACUACUGGUGUGGUCAUUCAACUGGCCAACCGUAGCACAGUUAACCCUGCAGAGGGAUUACCAUUUCAGGCUGUUCAGCUUCUUGAUGAUGUUGAUGCCAUCCACACAGGAGAUGGGGAGUAA